GUCGGGCUCAUGGACCGGUUGGUCCCGGCGGAGCUGUGUGGCGCCGCGGCUUCGGUGGCUCUCGCUGUGGAACCCUUACGGCACGGGCCCGCGUAGGCACUGUGAGAGACGUAUCGCGUCUUGGUGGGCCCGUGGCGGACACCGAGUUCCAGGGAGCUUAGGCCAGUGUCGAAGUCCGAAUUCAGGCUUGACGUUUUGGCCUCAGCGAUGUUUAAACACGCUGAAUAUUAACUCAGAUAUAGGCCUGUGUGUUUUCUGGGGAGAAGCCCCAUAGCCGUCAUCCGGCUCUCAGAAGGAAAAAUGGAGGCUGCUUCCAGCAUUUUUAAAGGUGAAAGGCCUCGUGAAGCAGCACAUAGAUUCCUUCAACUAUUUCAUUAAUGUGGAGAUAAAGAAGAUAAUGAAGGCCAAUGAAAAGGUUACGAGUGAUGCCGACCCCAUGUGGUACCUAAAGUAUCUGAAUAUCUAUGUCGGGCUUCCUGACGUUGAAGAGAGCUUCAAUGUAACUAGGCCAGUGUCCCCUCAUGAGUGCCGUUUGAGGGACAUGACGUACUCUGCCCCCAUCACAGUGGACAUCGAAUACACCCGAGGCAGUCAGAGGGUUAUCCGCAACGCCUUACCCAUUGGCAGAAUGCCCAUAAUGCUGCGUAGUUCAAAUUGCGUCCUUACAGGGAAGACACCAGCAGAAUUUGCCAAGCUGAACGAAUGUCCUUUAGAUCCAGGUGGCUACUUCAUUGUGAAGGGAGUAGAAAAAGUUAUUCUUAUCCAAGAGCAGCUAUCUAAGAACAGGAUCAUUGUGGAGGCUGACAGAAAAGGGACUGUUGGAGCUUCUGUUACCAGCUCAACCCAUGAGAAAAAAAGCAGAACCAACAUGGCUGUGAAACAAGGGCGAUUUUAUUUGAGGCACAAUACUUUGUCAGAAGAUAUACCCAUUGUCAUCAUUUUUAAGGCCAUGGGUGUUGAAAGUGACCAGGAAAUUGUGCAGAUGAUUGGGACAGAGGAGCACGUGAUGGCUGCAUUUGGGCCCAGUUUGGAAGAGUGCCAGAAAGCUCAGAUUUUCACACAGAUGCAGGCAUUGAAAUAUAUAGGGAACAAAGUCAGAAGGCAGAGAAUGUGGGGAGGUGGACCAAAGAAAACCAAAAUAGAGGAAGCAAGAGAGCUCCUGGCUUCGACCAUUCUGACCCACGUUCCAGUAAAGGAGUUCAAUUUCCGAGCUAAAUGUAUCUAUACUGCCGUGAUGGUUCGAAGAGUCAUUCUGGCACAAGGAGAUAAUAAAGUUGAUGACAGAGACUAUUACGGUAACAAGCGAUUGGAAUUGGCAGGACAGCUUUUAUCUCUUCUCUUUGAAGAUUUGUUCAAAAAGUUUAAUUCUGAAAUGAAGAAGAUUGCAGACCAGGUGAUUCCUAAGCAGCGAGCAGCACAGUUUGAUGUUGUGAAGCACAUGCGCCAAGACCAGAUCACCAAUGGCAUGGUGAAUGCCAUUUCCACCGGAAAUUGGUCUCUAAAGAGAUUUAAGAUGGACCGCCAGGGUGUGACCCAGGUGCUGUCACGCUUGUCAUAUAUAUCUGCUCUUGGUAUGAUGACGAGAAUCUCGUCCCAGUUUGAAAAAACAAGAAAAGUGAGUGGUCCUCGCUCUCUCCAGCCAUCUCAGUGGGGGAUGCUCUGUCCUUCAGACACCCCUGAAGGAGAGGCAUGUGGUUUGGUUAAAAAUUUGGCCCUUAUGACACAUAUCACAACUGACAUGGAAGAUGGACCUAUUGUUAAAUUAGCCAGCAACUUGGGAGUAGAAGAUGUCAACUUAUUGUGUGGGGAAGAGCUCUCGUACCCAAGUGUGUUCCUCGUCUUCCUGAAUGGAAACAUCCUGGGAGUCAUUCGAGACCAUAAAAAGCUUGUGAAUACAUUUCGACUGAUGCGGAGAGCAGGAUACAUCAAUGAAUUUGUUUCCAUUUCGACAAAUCUUACAGAUCGGUGUGUGUAUAUUUCCUCUGAUGGAGGAAGGCUGUGCAGACCCUACAUAAUUGUCAAGAAGCAGAAACCAGCAGUCACGAAUAAGCAUAUGGAAGAGCUGGCUCAGGGGUACAGGAAUUUUGAAGACUUCUUACAUGAGAGUCUGGUUGAAUAUUUAGAUGUCAAUGAAGAAAAUGAUUGCAACAUUGCACUAUAUGAACACACAAUUAAUAAAGAUACGACACACUUAGAGAUUGAACCCUUCACUCUUCUCGGCGUUUGUGCUGGCCUGAUUCCAUACCCUCAUCAUAACCAGUCCCCAAGAAAUACCUAUCAGUGUGCCAUGGGGAAGCAAGCAAUGGGUACCAUUGGAUAUAACCAGCGGAACAGAAUUGAUACUCUGAUGUAUCUGUUAGCAUAUCCACAGAAGCCCAUGGUUAAGACAAAAACCAUUGAGCUGAUAGAAUUCGAGAAGCUGCCAGCUGGACAGAAUGCGACAGUUGCUGUGAUGAGUUAUAGUGGCUAUGAUAUUGAAGAUGCUCUUGUUCUAAACAAGGCCUCCCUGGACAGAGGCUUUGGGCGUUGCCUAGUAUAUAAAAAUGCAAAAUGUACAUUGAAACGCUAUACCAAUCAGACUUUCGAUAAAGUGAUGGGGCCCAUGUUGGAUGCUGCUACAAGGAAACCUAUCUGGCGACAUGAAAUUUUAGAUGCAGAUGGUAUUUGUUCUCCAGGUGAGAAAGUAGAAAAUAAGCAAGUGCUUGUGAAUAAGUCUAUGCCCACAGUGACUCAGAUUCCUUUGGAAGGAAGUAACGUGCCACAGCAGCCACAGUACAAAGAUGUGCCCAUCACCUACAAGGGGGCCACAGAUUCAUAUAUUGAGAAAGUGAUGAUAUCUUCAAAUGCUGAGGACGCUUUUCUGAUCAAAAUGCUACUGAGGCAGACAAGGCGACCAGAGAUCGGAGAUAAAUUCAGCAGCCGUCACGGGCAGAAAGGUGUUUGCGGCUUGAUCGUCCCCCAGGAGGACAUGCCGUUUUGUGAUUCUGGCAUCUGUCCGGACAUCAUAAUGAACCCACACGGCUUCCCAUCGAGAAUGACGGUGGGAAAGCUGAUUGAGCUGCUGGCCGGCAAGGCUGGCGUGUUGGACGGCAGGUUCCACUACGGCACUGCAUUUGGAGGGAGCAAAGUGAAGGAUGUGUGUGAAGACCUCGUUCGCCAUGGUUACAACUACUUGGGGAAGGACUAUGUCACCUCCGGCAUCACAGGAGAGCCGUUAGAAGCCUACAUCUACUUUGGCCCCGUGUACUAUCAGAAACUGAAGCACAUGGUGUUGGAUAAGAUGCACGCCCGCGCCCGGGGCCCACGUGCCGUCCUCACCAGGCAGCCUACAGAAGGUCGAUCUCGUGAUGGUGGCUUGCGUCUUGGAGAAAUGGAACGUGACUGUUUAAUCGGUUAUGGAGCCAGCAUGCUUUUGCUAGAGAGACUAAUGAUUUCAAGUGAUGCCUUUGAGGUUGACGUCUGUGGCCAGUGUGGACUUCUGGGGUAUUCUGGCUGGUGUCAUUACUGCAAGUCAUCGUGUCAUGUGUCUUCCCUCCGCAUCCCGUACGCCUGUAAGCUGCUCUUCCAGGAGCUGCAGUCCAUGAACAUUAUCCCCAGGUUAAAACUGUCCAAGUACAAUGACUAAGGAUGGAAAAGAUGACUAACUAAGGAGAACAAUAGACACAUCCAACGCAGUGGAAAGCAGAAGGAAUGGAGGUCUACUUUUGCUCCUGUGAGUCAAUCCUUUGAAUGUUGGCUCAUAAAAACAAACAAGAACUGUUGGCAGGAGUUUUUUAUAUACCAGAAAAUGGACUGGACGACCUUGACCAGUGAGCGGACCCCAAGCCAUGGGAGCGUUGCUGACACACGGCCUGCGGUGCAGUUUGACUAACAAGGAGACAUGACCCAAGGGGUAAAUGAGCUGCUGUUUGUGUCUGGUACCUUGCAGCAGCCUUGUUAGGAAGACCUCACCCAUUAAGAAGGAUGCUUGCGUUUAAGUUUCCCUUGGCAUCUUUUGGCUGACGAAACUGAAGCUUCUCAUGACUCUGGAGGGUAUGAAGAAUCCCUGUGACUCCAUCAGCUUGGCUUCUGUCGAGGUGGCCGAUCCUGAGCAGAAUAUGAAGAAAGAGGACCGUGGGAAGCCAUGGCAGCGGCCAGAAAAGUGCCGGCUUUCCUGCCUGGUGCUGUGAGACCAUAAGUGUUCCCUGCAGUUGAAUCUCGCCCUCACACACCCAAACCUUGUCCUUUUAAUCCUGGUGGGAUAUAAUAAAUAUAUUGCUACCUUGUUAAGCCAAAAUGUCGUCUUUUCUGAUGGUCUCUAUCACUGUUUUGAACCUGCACGAUGGUACCGUGCAAUCCUAUGUGGUAAAGAGCUGAAUAAAACUCCUUGGAUUCUC